AUGGCAGACGAAAACAAAAACACGGCCCUCAGUCCGGGGCACCUCUUAAGUGAGGAGAGGGUGCGAAGAAUCCCCCCGUCGUCGACUGUUAGAAACUAUAGAAGUGACCAAAAAGUAAAAAUAAAAGUAUACAAUUCUAAAAUACGUAUUGCGACCUGGAAUGUGCGCAGUCUGUACAUGGCCGGUAAACUGGCAAAUGUCGAGACAGAGAUGCGCAGAAUGCAAAUUGAUAUAUUGGGGAUGAGUGAAGUAAGAUGGCCUGGAUCAGGUAAACAAGCAACUAAUAACGGCGUCAUUUACUAUUCAGGAGGGACAGACACGUUUCAUCAAUACGGAACUGCCAUACUUGUAAGCAAGGACAUAGAUAGGUCGGUUAUGGAGUUCAUACCCUUUAAUGAUCGAGUUAUGCUAUUGAAGUUACAAACUACACAUCGAACACUGAACAUAAUACAAGUAUAUGCCCCAACAAACGACAAAAGUGACGCAGAGGUUGAAGAUUUCUACUCAACAUUAGAGGAGGCGAUGAAACUCACAAAGAAGGGUGAAAUAAAUAUGGUCAUGGGAGAUUUCAACGCGAAAAUCGGUUCCGGAAGAGAGAAUGAUGUCGUAGGAGAGUACGGCCUAGGCACACGAAAUGCGAGAGGUGACAAACUUAUCCAGUUCUGUAUAGAAUCGAAUUUAUUUAUUGCUAACACAUUCUUCAAACAACAUCCUAGAAGACUAUACACCUGGAAAUCUCCUGCUGAUAAAAAAGGCCGUAUCAUAAGGAAUCAGAUCGAUUUUAUACUUGUUGGACAAGAACUGAAGAAAUACGUGCAAUCAGUAAAAACAUAUCCUGGCACAGACGUUAAUAGCGACCACAAUCCCGUCGUUAUGGAUUUCCGAAUGAGAAGAUUCAAAAAGAUCGCUAAGACGCAACCAACUCCUAGAAUCAACACUAGAAAACUGCGGAUACCGGAAGUACACACUCAAGUGAGUUCCAGGAUCGAAUGUGAAAUGACAAAAAUCCAAAAUGAAAAACAACUGGAUAUAAUGGAAACCUGGAAUAGGAUAAAAACCUCCAUAACUCUUAUUCAGGAAAAUGACAUUGGCCACCUUGAAACUAAUGUGAAAAAAGAAUGGAUGACUCCUGAAAUCCUAGAACUCAUGAAUGAAAGGAGAACCCAUAAGGCAAAUCCAGCAUUAUAUGCUGAACUAAACAAAAGGAUUAGAAGAAAAUGCAGAGAUGCAAAGGAACAGUGA